UCGAAGCUUUGUCCAUUCAAAAAUGUCUUAUGUACAGUAUUUAACUCGAGAAAAAGCACCCCUUCCCGCCAAACAAGUCUGGCGCGACAACUCUGAAAUCUAUUUCCUCUUUUAGCCCCAGACCACUCUUCUCUAAUCUCCAUCUCUCGGUCGGAACUCCCAUUUCACGAUCUAGUCCCAGCUCCUCUCUGCCUCUCCUGGUGAAACGGAGCGUUUACUCUCUGGUAAGCCCAUUGGACUUCUUGUGAGAAGGAUAAUUUCCAAGAGUUCUCUCAUGUCCUUGUCUGAGCCAGCAAUCUUGUGAAUGUAAAGUUGUUGUCUUUUAUUGGGACUUUUUGGUUAUUUGUGAGGCAGUUCCUAAGAUAAAGGGACAGGCAUUUUAGCUACUGUAAUGAACGUGUACCUGAACUAAAGCAAAGAAUAUAAGUUUCGUCAUCAUCUAAUGGAGUUAAGGAGUUGCAAUCAUUUGCACUUUAUCCAAGCUGUUCAAGGUGGUUUGGUGACAAAAAUCGCCAACAUUACUCGUGGAAGGCCUGAGCUCAAGAUCAAGAUGCUCCAAGAAAUAUAUGAAGCUGUAGAUGCCAAAAAUCACGAUAUGCUUCCAACACUUCGUCCAAAGAUUGAGUUUGAGAGUUUUUCGUUUGACGGUGGCCGGAUUGAGGCCAAAAGCCCACGUCUGCAUAUGGUGGACAGAAGAACAAUCAAAAGGGAGCCUGAAACUUCUGACUUAUUUUGCAAUGGUGGUGACAAGAGAAUUAACAGUGACUCAGAUAAUUCAGGAUUUGGCAAUAUGACAUUGAAACAAAUAAAGGAGAGAUGCAAAGCGAAGAAAAGGAAACGUUCAAAAUAUGUUGAACCGAGUAAAACUUCCUCCAGUUUAGAACAAGUCAAAACAGAGGAAGAAGAUUUUGAUCUCAAGGAGCCUCUCAGUAGUUUGAAAUCUAAACUUUCAAAGAAUAAGAAGGCGAAGAAAAAGCACAUGAAAAGCCAUGUCUCAACUUCACCUCAAACAGCCAUAUCAAUUGUUAAAUCUGAACAGGUCCUAAGUGAUGAAGUAUUGCCACAAUCUGGUGGGGAUUUGUGGCCAGCUAUAAAUAUUAAAGUUGAUGUUCCUGAACCUGAUUGCUCAGACUGCCAAAAUAUUGGUGAUGAUCCUUCCUUGCUUUGUGAUGAGCCAGGGGGUUCAUCUGGAAUGGUGUCUAGUGAACUGUGUGAGACAGCUAAUGAAUAUGUUUCGGAGAAUCAGGUGUCAAUUUUAUUGACAAAAGAACCAAAAUAUUGUGUUACUAAUGAAGUGUGUUAUGAAUAUAUGGAACCUGCAGAUUCCAAGUCCUUUCAGAAUGUAAGGUCCCCAUGCGAGGAUUAUGUGAAGCCAGAUAGUACAGAAACAACCAGUCAUGGGUGCUCAGAUUUGCCUGUACCAGAAUCUGAGAUAGAAAUCGAUCCAGUUCCUAAUGACACCUCUGCAGAAAUCAUUUCUUCAACGACAGAUCAUAGUUCUUAUAUUUCUGAUAUCUCUCAAAGUAGCCCUUAUAUGAAUGGGGUAUUGCAUAAUGGAAAUGAUAUCAAGGUUCAAGUGCCUCUUAUGACUAUUCAUAAGAGCCCUCAAGGCAUGGAAGUAUGUGGUGGAGGUGAUGCAUGCGUAUUUGAGGAUAGCAUAACAGCUGAUUUACCUUCUAAUCCUGAAGUCAGUGUUAUUGCCAGCUCUACUAGCUUGAGUCCUGAUAGCUGUUUGGGUUCUAUUGAGGAUGAUUCACCUACAACUGGAGAGAAUGAACCCCCAGAGUCUGCCUGUGCUAAUGUAGAGAUAAAUGUCUCUGGAGGGAUCCAUCCCUCUGAUGCUACGGAUGAGCUUAUAAAAACAGUUGGAUUUGGAUAUUGUCAUUCAAAAUUACAGCAUCCUCCUGAGAGGCUGUUUGCAACCAGAAAGGCCAUUUCUCCAACUUCUCGGGAAAAACUCCUUAAGGCUAGGGAUUCCUUUGACUUACCUGACGACGAAUAUAACAAAUGUAGGAGGGAAUACUUUGGGAAGAAUAAGUUUGGUAGAGUCGAAGGACCUGAUUGGAUCAGGGGAGCUGAAUUCAAUAUUAACCCCCAAAAAGUUAUUAGGAAACCAAAGAAUUAUAAGAGAGGCUUCCAUCCCUCAGGUGUUCCCAAGGUUCCUCUUUCUUGUGCUGCACCGCGUUUCAGCACGGGGUGCACCUCCAUCCAAAGUUGUUCACAGAGUGCCAUAGAAUUCUCACAGCAGCAGAUGAAAGACUUUGAAUGUCUUGCCAUGAAACUUACAAAGGAGUUGAAGACCAUGAAGGACAUUUUGGAAGAGCGGUUGAUCCCUCAAGCCUGUCCAGCUUCAUCCUUGAAAUAUAAUGUGGAUAGGGCAAGAAUGGCCAUUGACAGUGCGACAAAAGUUGAAGAAGGCACAAGAAGAUGGAUUUCCAUGAUGACAAGGGACUGCAACCGCUUUUGUAGAAUCAUGAGAAUGACUGAGAAAGGUUCUGGUUCUUCCGGAAAUAUAGUCCAAAAGGAAACGAAAAAAUCUACCUUUGCUGAUGAAGCUGGUGGAAUUUCGGUCGAUCAAUUUCAGGGAUUGACUGAGACAGGUUCUACUUCUUCAGGAAACGCAGUCCACAAGGAGAGGAAGAAAAUUAGUUUUGCCGAUGAAGCUGGUGGAAAGCUCUGCCAUGUCAGGCUUUUUGAGGAUGAUGACACGGCAUCUUUGUUAGAAUCUAAUACUGAAAAGCAGGUUCUGAUGGUUGAUUAACUUAGAGAUAUUUGAGUGUUGUACAAUUACAUUUUUUGGUCUCAUAGAUAGAGCCAAAGGGAAAUUGCUUGUUAGGGCGGAUACUAUACGUUUGCUGCAAAAAAAAUUUGAGGCAGGCCUGAAGCAGCAAUGUCGAUCUGCUGUUCCGGUAAUAGUCUUAUUCUUGUUCAUAUUUCCAUUGAUAUGCACUGUACUGUAUCUGUGUGAAGGGAAACUAAACAUUGGGCAUGAAGGGAUUGUUGAUUUUUAGAAAAAUAUAAUCAUUAGUUGAA